AUGUGGGAGAAACUUUCUGAUUUAGGUCAAUCACUGAGCAUGCCAUGGCUUAUUAUGGGCGAUUUCAACUGUGUAAAAUCUCCCGAGGAGAAGCAGCUUGGAGUGGCCCCAACUUGGUAUGAGCUUAAGGAUUUUGUGGACUGCUGUACAGCGCUUGGAUUACUCGACGCUCCCACUACGGGUUGCUACUACACAUGGUAUUCCAACAAUGAAAGCAACCCCGUAUGGUGUAAGCUCGACCAGGUCCUUUACAACAAUGAAUUGCUUGAGGCCGAUUUGCAUUGCAGUGCCCAUUUCAAUCAACCGGGAUGCCUUUCCGACCACUUUCGGCACUAUAGUCACAUGUCCACCAAGGCCAAAGAGGCUGAGCUUGCCCUGCAAGAUGCCCAAAACCAACUUGAAUCUAAUCCAGGAGAUGCGGCGCUACGGGACUCUUUGGGAGAUCUUAGGAAGAAGGCCGUUUUUCUUGCCGAGGUCGAACGACACUUCUUCUACCAGAAAGCCAAGAUCCACUAUCUUAAAGAGGGGAACCGCAACACCAAGUUCUUCCACGACAUGGUGAAGAGGAAUGUCGCUAGGAAUUCCAUCGGGACAGUCACUAGGGUGGAUGGGACUGUUAUCACUGCUGUCGAGGAUAUUGCCCAAGAGUUCGUUGAUUAUUACAUAUCACUCUUGGGCACCGAGGCUCACACCCUUCCUGUCGAUGAUGGUGUGUUUGAAUGGGGCCCCAUACUCUCCCCCGAGCAUACCGCGGACCUUUGCCGGGCAGUCACAUCGUUGGAUGUCAAGGAUGCCAUCUUCCAUAUUAGCGACAACAAGGCUCCCGGCCCACAUGGGUAUUCCUCGUGCUUUUUCAAGAAAGCAUGGAACAUUGUGGGUGAUCAAGUUUGCAGGGCCAUCUUGGAUUUCUUUAAGAGUGGGCAGAUGCUACGGCAGCACAACCACACUAUCAUUGCCCUUGUACCGAAAUCAGAUCAUUCCACCUCCGGAUUACCGGCCGAUUUCAUGCUGCAAUGUCAUCAACAAGGCCCAUCAUGA